AUGCGACCCGAACUAAUAAACCUAAAGCAGUAUCCGGACUGGUCGAAAACCGAAGUCAGCACUGGGACCACAUUAGUCGCCUGUGAAUAUAAUGGUGGUGUUGUAAUAGGAGCUGAUUCUCGCACAUCUUCAGGGGUUUUUGUUUCUAAUCGUGUAACUGACAAGCUAACUCCACUCACCAAGUACAUCUACUGUUGCCGUUCUGGCUCUGCUGCUGACACUCAGGCAAUUACUAAUGUUGUCAAGUACCAACUCGAAUUUCACUCCGUUGAAAUGGGCCGUGAGCCAACUGUUGCAGAGGCUGCUACAGUUGUCCAAAACUUAUGUUAUAAAUACCGUGACGACCUUUUAGCUGGGAUAUUUGUUGCAGGAUGGGAUGCUGUCUACGGUGGACAGGUAAUUUAUUCUAUCCCCGUUGGAGGCAUGCUUAUUAAACAGCCAGCUGUUAUUGGCGGUUCCGGCAGCACCUAUCUGUAUGGCCAGUUUGAUACACAUUUUAAACCUGGUAUGAAUAAGGAAGAAGCAGUAGAAUUCGUUAGCGUGGGGCUGGCAAUAAACAGGGAUGGUUCGAGUGGUGGCUGUAUUCGACUCGGCAUAAUCUCACGCGAUGGUGUCGAGCGAAGGCUGAUUAAAGGCGACCAAGUGCCCAUGUAUUCUUAUAAGGCCUAG